AUGGCCGCGAGCCCCUCUGUAGUUCCUGUGGCCCUGACCACUCCGGGGGUACCCAUCUUGUCAGCUAGUGGCGAUUUCUCAAAUUUGCGGGAAAUUAAAAAGCAGCUGCUACUUAUCGCUGGCCUUACCCGAGAGCGGGGCCUACUGCACAGUAGUAAAUGGUCCGCGGAGUUGGCCUUCUCCCUCCCGGCGUUGCCUCUAGUCGAGCUGCAGCCGCCUCCGCCUAUGACAGAGGAAGAUGCCCAGGAUAUGGAUGCUUACACCCUGGCCAAAGCCUACUUUGAUGUUAAAGAGUAUGAUCGGGCAGCACAUUUCCUGCAUGGUUGCAAUAGCAAGAAAGCCUAUUUCCUGUACAUGUAUUCUAGAUACCUGUCUGGAGAAAAGAAGAAGGAUGAUGAAACAGUUGAUAGCCUAGGCCCUCUGGAAAAAGGACAAGUAAAAAAUGAGGCUCUUAGAGAACUGAGAGUGGAGCUCAGCAAAAAGCACCAAGCUCGGGAACUUGAUGGUUUUGGCCUUUAUCUGUAUGGUGUUGUGCUUCGAAAACUGGACUUGGUGAAAGAGGCCAUUGAUGUGUUUGUAGAGGCUACCCAUGUUUUGCCUUUGCAUUGGGGAGCCUGGCUAGAACUCUGUAACUUGAUUACAGACAAAGAGAUGCUGAAGUUCCUGUCUUUGCCAGACACCUGGAUGAAAGAGUUUUUUCUGGCUCAUAUAUACACAGAAUUGCAGUUGAUAGAGGAGGCCCUGCAAAAGUAUCAGAAUCUUAUUGAUGUGGGCUUUUCUAAGAGCUCUUAUAUUGUUUCCCAAAUUGCAGUUGCCUAUCACAAUAUCAGAGAUAUUGAUAAAGCCCUCUCUAUUUUUAAUGAGCUAAGGAAACAAGACCCUUAUAGGAUUGAGAAUAUGGAUACAUUCUCCAACCUUCUUUAUGUCAGGAGCAUGAAAUCUGAGUUGAGUUAUCUGGCUCACAACCUCUGUGAGAUUGAUAAAUAUCGUGUAGAAACUUGCUGUGUAAUUGGCAAUUAUUAUAGUUUGCGUUCUCAGCAUGAGAAAGCAGCCUUAUAUUUCCAAAGAGCUUUGAAAUUGAAUCCUCGGUAUCUUGGGGCCUGGACACUAAUGGGACAUGAGUACAUGGAAAUGAAGAACACAUCUGCUGCUAUUCAGGCUUAUAGACAUGCCAUUGAGGUUAAUAAGCGGGACUACAGAGCCUGGUAUGGCCUCGGGCAGACCUAUGAAAUCCUUAAGAUGCCAUUUUACUGCCUUUAUUAUUAUAGACGGGCCCAUCAGCUUCGGCCCAAUGAUUCUCGUAUGCUGGUUGCUUUAGGAGAAUGUUAUGAGAAACUCAAUCAACUUGUGGAAGCCAAAAAGUGUUACUGGAGAGCUUACGCCGUGGGAGAUGUGGAGAAAAUGGCUCUGGUGAAACUUGCAAAGCUUCAUGAACAGUUGACUGAGUCAGAACAGGCUGCUCAAUGUUACAUCAAAUAUAUCCAAGAUAUCUAUACUUGUGGGGAAAUAGUGGAACACUUGGAGGAGAGCACAGCUUUCCGCUAUCUGGCCCAAUACUAUUUUAAGUGCAAGCUGUGGGAUGAAGCUUCAACUUGUGCCCAAAAGUGUUGUGCAUUCAAUGAUACCCGGGAAGAAGGUAAGGCCUUGCUCCGGCAAAUCUUGCAGCUUCGGAACCAAGGAGAGACUCCUUCCACUGAGAUGCCUGCACCCUUUUUCCUACCGGCAUCACUGUCUGCUAACAAUACUCCUACACGCAGAGUUUCUCCACUCAACCUGUCUUCAGUCACACCAUAG